GAAUUAUUUAGUAAAUUCCUAAUCAGAAAAGAGCAGGUUGGGGAGGUUUGGUCCUCGGGUGUCGAGGACUGAGAUGGACUUGCCAUCGAACCUCCAUGGACGCUGAAUAAAAUACAAACCAAACAACCCAGAAGAGAUCUUCUCUUCCUUGUUUCUUCAACCCCAAAUUUUACCUUUUUUUCCCUCAUUUCUUGUGAACUUUCUCUCUGCUGCUGAAAGGCUGUAGCCAGAGACUUUAAAGUAAUAAAAAAAAAAGGCCAACAAGUUUGAAGGAAUCAUCCAACCAAUUCUGCUUUCGACGUCCCAACUAGCAGCAUUACCAGAUUACUAAAGAACCCAUCUGCUUCUUUGGCUCAUAUCCUUCAGAACCCUUCUACUUUUGCUGGGUUCCUGAUUUUGUAGCUGAAGAAAGAGAAGGCUCGGGGGAGAAAUAUGAGAAUUUGGAAGCUGGGUUUUGCUGGGUUUCUUGUUGCUGCCUUUGUGGUGGGGUUUGGUUCAGGGGAGCAGGCCCGCACUGAGAGAAUUUCAGAUACAAAUCUGCUGAGAAAUACAAGUUUAUGAGAACUUAAGUAUGGUUUGUUUGCACCGAAUGUAGGGAGUGCUGGUGAUGUCUUGGAUGAUGACCCAGUGGGAAGGUUGAAGGUUUUCGUGUAUGAGCUUCCAAGCAAAUACAACAAGAAGAUUCUGCAGAAGGAUCCCAGAUGCCUCAACCACAUGUUUGCAGCUGAGAUAUUUAUGCAUCGGUUUCUCCUGUCUAGCCCUGUCCGAACCCUUAAUCCUGAAGAAGCAGAUUGGUUUUAUACUCCUGUUUACACCACUUGUGACCUGACACCCAAUGGCCUUCCAUUGCCUUUCAAGUCACCACGGAUGAUGAGAAGUGCAAUACAACUUAUUUCUUCGAAUUGGCCUUAUUGGAACCGGACAGAAGGGGCUGAUCACUUUUUCGUAGUGCCUCAUGACUUUGGAGCAUGUUUUCAUUAUCAGGAAGAGAAGGCUAUUGAAAGAGGAAUUCUUCCCAUGCUCGAACGUGCAACUUUGGUUCAGACUUUUGGGCAAAAGAAUCAUGUUUGCUUGAAAGAGGGCUCAAUUACAGUUCCUCCUUAUGCUCCUCCACAGAAGAUGCAAACCCACCUAAUUCCUGAGAAAACUCCUCGGUCCAUCUUUGUUUACUUCCGAGGAUUAUUUUAUGAUGUGGGAAAUGACCCCGAAGGUGGUUAUUAUGCAAGAGGUGCACGAGCAGCAGUGUGGGAGAACUUCAAAGACAAUCCGCUUUUUGACAUCUCUACCGAGCACCCCACCACAUACUAUGAGGACAUGCAACGAGCAGUCUUUUGUUUGUGCCCUCUCGGCUGGGCUCCUUGGAGUCCAAGAUUGGUCGAAGCAGUGAUUUUUGGCUGCAUUCCUGUUAUCAUAGCAGACGACAUUGUUCUACCCUUUGCCGAUGCCAUCCCUUGGGAAGAGAUUGGCGUGUUUGUAGAUGAGAAAGACGUCCCCAACUUGGACACCAUACUCACUUCAAUCCCACCUGAACUGGUAUUGAGGAAGCAGAGAUUGCUCGCCAACCCUUCAAUGAAACAAGCAAUGUUAUUCCCACAACCUGCCGAAGCAGGGGAUGCUUUCCAUCAAGUUCUGAAUGGACUCGCGCGCAAGUUGCCACACGGCCCUGAUGUUUUCUUGAAGCCAGGUGAGAAGAUCCUGAACUGGACAGCAGGGCCCGUGGGCGACCUGAAGCCUUGGUAGCUGCUAUGACCUUUGACUCCUCUUCAGCCAAGCCUCCAAACUUUACAGUAGUAAUUUUGUUGUAGUUGAGAUACCGAUUUUCAUGACACUGUAAAAAUUCGGAUUCCGUGAAAAUGUAUCAAGAUUAUAUGUUUUUCUUUUUGUAGUUUGACUUGGAUUGUUACAAUUCCAUUGAAAGCCAUGAUGGUGAUUAUUCCAUCGUUAA